AUGUCCACAUACAGUACUCUCCCACAUAUUAUUGGUUCUGAAGAGUAUAAUCAUGACAAUAGCUGUGGCUUGACAGAUGAUGCAAAAACUAUGGCUGAUGACUUCAGCUGGUUGCGAGAGUUUCAAGGGGAGGCUUCAGACUCUGGACCUGAUGAUCUAUUUGGAUCUCAAAUGCUUGGAAUGCAGCAAGGUUUUGAAAAGGGGGAAACAGACUCUCUAGUAUCCGCGUCACGAGAAUUCAGAGCAAUGUUGGAAGCUGCACUUGUUAAUCCUUACAAGUUCUAUGAUGAUGCGAGUACUACACCACGAGAUGCUUCCGUAGAGAAUACAAGCACAAGUGAAGACCCUGCUUUGGCGACCAGGAUGGGUGGUGCAGCAGGUGAAAGAACAAAAGCAGAUAAUGCUGAAGAGGCUGAACUUCUGGCAAGCUUACAAAACCCAGACAUCAAUGUUCAUGACAUCUAUUCUGCCUUGGUUAGAGAGGGCCUGUUUGAUGCCGGCGAUGAGAUACUAGCCGUGGACCCGGCAUCAGGAUUGGAUAAUCCUGCUGUUGCUGAUUCAGCUCAAAGGCCCUCCCUGGUGAAUGAAAAUGUUCUAAAUGAGGACGAAAAUUUGAUUGAAGACAAUAAUGCUGCAUCUCCGUCUGGGAAAGAUGUUUCUGAAUCAUCCUAG